AUGGCUUCCGUCGCGGACGUCUCCGCCGUGGCAUCGGAUGCUACCGCCUUUGGCUUGAUCAUUGGUUCGACUGUGUUCGGUCUUCUCUUUGCGGCCUUCCUCUUCUGGCAAGUGUCCAAGAUCCAAGUGACCCGCCGUGGCGAAACCUACGCGUUGUUGUCGCAAGAAACUCGCGGCCAAACCGCCGACCGCUUGUUUGAAAUUUACAGUGCCAUUCGCGAAGGUGCGCAAGCCUUUUUGUUGGCGGAAUACACGCUCUGCCUUGCCUUCAUCGCUGUGUUCGGCCUCGUCAUCUUUGUGUUGACGUCGUACGUCAACAAGGCUGACCAAGUCUUCGACUGGACCUUCGGUGCAUUGACUGCCACUGCCUUCGCUGUGGGUGGUUUGACCUCGAUCUUGGCCGGAUAUGUGGGCAUGAUGGUCGCCGUGUACGCCAACGCGCGUACCACAGUGUCUGCAAUGAAGGAUGGCGCUGCCGGCUGGCAAGACUCGUUCAACACGGCUUUCCGCGCUGGUGGUGUCAUGGGUUACUCCUUGACUUCGCUCGCGUUGUUGGUAUUGUUCAUUUUGAUCGCUUCCUUCGAAAACGUGUACCCUUUGGCUACGGACGCCAAGCGCCUCUUCGAAGCCGUAGCUGGUUACGGUUUGGGUGGUUCGUCCAUUGCCCUGUUUGGUCGUGUUGGUGGUGGUAUCUACACCAAGGCUGCCGAUGUCGGAGCCGAUCUUGCUGGCAAGGUCGUUGAAAACAUUCCUGAAGACGACCCGCGCAACCCCGCUACCAUUGCCGACAACGUCGGUGACAAUGUCGGUGAUGUCGCCGGUAUGGGGUCGGACUUGUUCGGCUCGCUCGCCGAAUCGACCUGCGCUGCCCUUGUCAUUUCCACCCAAUCUGCCGCCAUCAUCAAGGCUGGCUGGGCUGCUGUCCUUUUCCCUCUUGAAAUCACCGCCAUUGGUAUAUUUGUCUCUGCCCUCACGUCGUUCCUCGCCACCGACUUGUGGCCCGUGAAGAAGGAAGCGGAUGUCGAGAACGUCUUGAAGGUGCAAUUGUUCGUUGCCACCGCUCUGAUGACGGCUUUGACGUACCCUCUUGCCAACGGUGUGUUGCCUGCCACCUUUGCCAUUGGUGCUGACUACGUUGCUACCCCUGCCACCGCUUUUGCCUGUGUGUCUGUUGGUCUGUGGGGCGGUUGCUUCGUUGGCUUUGUCACUGAAUACUUUACCUCGCACUCGUACACCCCUGUUCGUGAAGUUGCCCAAUCGUGCGAAACGGGUGCUGCCACCAACAUCAUUUACGGCCUCGCUCUUGGCUACAAGUCUGCCAUUAUCCCGAUCUCGAUCAUCUCCAUUGCUGUGUAUGUGGGCUUCCACUCUGCCGGCAUGUACGGUGUUGCCCUCGCUGCCCUUGGUUUCUUGGGUACGCUUGCCACUUGCUUGGCGAUUGACGUCUACGGUCCUAUCUGUGACAACGCUGGUGGUAUUGCCGAAAUGUCGGAGCUCCCUGCCGAAGUCCGUGACAAGACUGACGCUUUGGACGCUGCCGGUAACACGACUGCUGCCAUUGGCAAGGGUUUUGCGAUUGGGUCGGCUGCCCUCGUUUCGUUGGCCUUGUUCGGUGGUUUCGUGACGCGCAUUGAAGAAACCUCGAUCAACAUCUUGUCGCCCAUCACGUUCGCCGGUUUGUUCAUGGGUGCCAUGUUGCCAUACUGGUUCACUGCCAUGACGAUGAAGUCGGUCGGUACCGCCGCCAUGGAAAUGGUGAAGGAAGUCAAGCACCAAUUCGCCACCAUCCCCGGUCUCCUUGAAGGUCUUCCCGGCCACGGUCCUCCGGACCAUGCCCGAUGCAUCAAGAUCUCGACGGACGCCUCGCUCCGCGAAAUGAUCGCCCCUGGUUUCCUCGUCAUCUUGUCUCCCAUCCUUGCCGGUACCUUUUUCGGCACCCAUGCCGUGUCGGGCUUGUUGGUCGGUUCGUUGACGUCGGGUGUGCAAUUGGCUAUUUCGCAAUCCAACACGGGUGGCGCCUGGGACAAUGCCAAGAAGUAUGUUGAAAAGGGCUGCGUGUCGAUUGAAGACAAGGACGGCAAGUUGAUUGUCCAAGGCAAGGGCUCUGCCAUCCACAAGGCCGCCGUCAUCGGGGACACUGUCGGUGACCCGUUGAAGGAUACCUCUGGCCCUGCCCUCAACAUCUUGAUGAAGCUCAUGGCGAUUAUCUCGCUUGUGUUUGGUGACUUCUUCAAGGGCAUCAACAACGGCCGCGGCUUGCUCAACGUGCCCCAAAACUAA